AUGUUUUUCUGGUUCUCAUUUCUAUUAGCAAAUGUAUGCUACAAAUCUUCGGUGAGAAUAACACAAGCACUCAUUUUAUUUGUUAAAAACACUGAACGAUUGAGGUGUCGUUUAACAAAAACGACCAUCUGCGGUGGGUUCCGCCGCGAGCACACGACUGGAAAAACAGUGAAAUCGCGCAAAAUGUGAAGGUGUAUUGGGAGAACAAAUGGGCGAAAGCGUCGUAUUUGAAAGGAUGCUCGGAGGAAAACAGCCUCAAGGUUAUCUAUGAACAUCAAAGAGAUUGGAAAGUGGAUUUCAGAUUGUUCCGGUGUAUUUCUGGCCUGGAGAACGAGUGGAUCUUCCGUGCAGAAUGUGUCAGAUGGCAUAUAUAACGAACGGAAGAAUUAAAAGAUGGGGAUAUUCUGAAGACGUCGACGAGUUUCUUCUCAAUCCGAAACAGUUCGUUCGUGUCAACGAGCUCUGGGAAGAGGUGCAGAAUACGGAACAGUUUGAGAGAGAUGAAAACGAGUUAAUUGAUGAGGAAAACGUCAUCUGGUAUCCUCACAGCCGAGAUCUGAAUGUAGUAUUUGGUUUCAAUGGGAGAUUGUUCUUCACAUCUUUUCAGGAUACGGAUUCGUUUACGAGCAGAGUGAAAACUCCCCCGAGAUAUUGGCAGAAUGAGGGCAAACUGACGAUAUUUGGAGUGAGCAGUAGGCUGGUCGAACAGGCGAUUUUAGGCGCCUGCGCCUGUUUUUUUCAACGCAAAAACGGAGCGCUGCGUUGAAAAAAACAAAAAAAACCAGGAGCCUGAAAAGCAGGCUCCUGUUUUUUCAGGCGCCUGUUCGACCAGCCUAGUGAGCAGUCUUUCCGAUCCCUCUUUCGUCACCGUCUUUUUCAGGCAGACGUCCGUUCCCAGGGAGUCUACUUCUGCUAUGACGAGUUCUCCCGCAAGCAGACGGUUCUGUUCUUCGUGCUCAUGGCGAUGCUCCCGCCCGUUCGUAUCACCUCCAAAGAACCGACCACUUUCAGUUUGGGACAGAACGUCUUUUUAUAAUAUACUUUCUUACAGCCGAUCACUGUGGGCACGAACAGGGGGAAGACUCCUCGAAGAUAUUUCCGUCGCACAACUGGAGAUAUCACUUUCUGCCGAUGGGGGACCUGAAUCCUCCUGCGACGUGCCAACUGGACGACUCGGAUCCGGAAGGAUGUGAACGGAAGUUUCCGUAUCUGAAGAAGAUGAGCUGGCCGACGAACUUCGGAGAGGAGUGCUCAGUGGACAGAUGCAGGUGAGGGGAGUGCGAAAAAAUUGAACGAAUGGAGCCUCGCUAGCAGAGCCCGUCUCGUGUCGCCCGACAACAGCAUCGACCUGUACAUCGAACUGAGAUGGGACGCGUGGACUUCGUGCGAAGGGGAUCAGCCGACGAAGCGACGGGAAGGGCACUGCUAUCUGGUGAGAGGCACAGGGUCGAUCAAUAUCGAAUCUAUGGACAUGGGAAAGAGGGCGUUGUACUCGUGGAUCCGAAAUCUGGAGACAGUGUUCGAUCGAAAGCCCUUUGACACCGACGGAAUCCGUCUGCACAGGUACUCCCUCCUACACGGACCUAUUCAAUUUUAUCCAUUUCAGUUCCAUUCUGACAUCUGCGAUAUUCGAUAAGCCGAAAAUCACUGCUUGUUAUAGCAAGAAGGACGAGGAAAAUGGAAUGUACGAGAAGUUCGACAAAGUUUGGAGACACGUGUUUUUGCCGACACUCGGAGUUCCGGACAAAGGAGAAGUUAUCCAAUUGGAGAAUCCGUUCGAAGCGUGCAUUCGAUACAUACGGAUGCAUGUCGAAGACGAUCUGAGCGGAGAGGAAGACUUUGAGCACCUGGUUGGAACUCACUCGACACAGGUUGAUUACUGCUGA